AUGGCAAACAUGGCACACUACGGUCCUGCAGCCGGCGCGUCAGGAGCUUCACCUUUAUAUCGUGCAUUAUGUGUACGCUCUGGCAAUGUGGUUAUACUAGGAAUGCAAAAGAAUGCGUCUGUGAAUUGCGCUGGUAUGGUGCUUUUUCGGGUGUUCCAGGGGAACGUGCAGGUACUGGGCUUUCGACCGCCUUUGGGAGUCUAUUUCUCGUUGCAUUCACCCAAAUGGAACAAUCUGCUGGUAAUUGAAGGUAGACCGGGCAAUGAAGACACACAAGCGCCUUUUGGACCUAGUAAUGCUAGUUUAUUGCAAGUCAUGGAGCCCAAUUUGCCAUCAGAAGCCCUGAGUGAGGACGAGGAAAUUGCGGCAGAUCGACUGGCUAUGCAGCUCGUAAGCGACUACCCCGUUGUACUGGUGCUUCGAGCAAUCCCCGUCACGUUUGGGAAUGUCACGAGUUUCUAUGAGAAUACCAGACCGGAGAAAGUGUCUACGGUACUACCCGGUUUCAAGAUGAUUAUCUCACAAUACAACCAGAAUUUGUUACGCGACAUUACUGAUGAGUUCGAUAUUACGAGUGCUGCACCUCCGAACACAGAUCCAAUGCAUCACGAUUGGAAGUCACCGGAGCGUAUCCUGGCAGAGCUUGUGGUGGUGGAUUCAUUCAAGACCCUGCAUUUCACAGAGCCCUGGCAGGCAACCGUGGACAGUCUACAGGCUAGUUUGCUAGCGGAAGAAAAUCCAAUGUCGCAAAAGAUCAUUGUAUGUGGUGGUAAAGGUGUGGGCAAGUCCACGUUUUGUAGGUAUCUGGUGAAUCGGCUGCUCUCGGAGUUUAAAAUUGUGGCUUUUCUGGAUACAGACCUGGGCCAGAGUGAACUCACGCCGUCAGGACUCGUGGCGCUUCAUGCUCUGACAACGCCGUUGCUGGGUCCGGGGUUCUCGCACAUGAGGAAUCCGAUCCGGUCAUUUUUUUGUGGAAACACCAACCCAGGCAAUGAUCCGUUAUACUAUAUGAAAGCAGUCAAGAGUCUACUGCGUUUGUACGACACCAAGUGGGGAAUUCACAGGAGUGCAAACAGUGACAACGAGAUUUCUCGGUCAAGACAGCACGCAUGUGUGCCGCUUGUGAUUAAUACGGACGGCUGGAUCAAGAGCAUGGGCCAUGAUCUGCUGUGUAACGUCAUAGAGACGACAAACCCUGACCAUGUCGUGCAGUUAGUGGCCGCAACGAAAAACAAACAAUUUAAUGUCCCUAUAGGAGGCAGCUGGCAUAUUUACGCUGUUCCGCCUUGGGACCCCAUCGGCGUCACACAACCUCCUCGUAGCUCCAAGGAACUGCGAAUGUAUCGUUUCCACUCGUACUUCUUGGCUCAAAGCCGGUGUGAUCUCUCACGGGCCCUACUGCAGAACUUGCAAGUACUAUCUGAAAAGAACCGCGUGGACAGCGACAUCUAUCGCGCGUACGCUCAACUCACGCCUUUCGCCGUAUCAUUCGACCAGGUCGACAUUUCUUUUGCCGGUUCUUCCGUGCCUCCAAGUCAGCUCUUAUUUUCACUCAAUGCUUGUGUCGUGGGUCUAUGCGUCAACCCCGAACACAUACCGUUCGAGCAAAAUGAUCUCGAACUUCGUGAAGGACCACCUCGUAUCGUGCUUCAGCCCGUACAUGUUCCAUGUGUAGGCGUGGGGAUCAUUCGGGCGAUGGAUGCCAAGAAACGUCAACUGUUUAUCCUGAGCCCGCUGCCCCUUUCAGUCUUGAAACGUGUCAAUUUGCUCGUAUGCAGCAGUAUAUCGCUCGACAGUAUCAUGUUGUCCGCACAUGAGCCUGUUCAAGCCCCAUACGUUGUCACCGACGUCAUAUCAUCGGAAGGCACUGGUUCUGGUGUCAUGCAGAGUCGAAACAAUCUUAAACGUAAACGCGAUGGCAAGUAG